CGUCUGCGCCUCUGGUAUGUUGUCGUCUUGCUUGUUUAAAGCACAUCACAAUGGCUGAACACCUCGACGCCCUGAGCCUGGUCAUGCAGCAAACACUGGAUGCCGUGCGUCCCGCGAGUGUCAUGAGCCGGGCCGUCCGGCUGGACGAUGCUGGCGAAAACUUUUUGCUAUGUGCCCAUGGCCACGGGCCGGCUUACUCGAUCCCACGCACCGGCCGCGUGCACCUUGUGGGUUUUGGCAAAGCGGUGGCUCACAUGGCAGCAGCCCUUCUUGAGACCCCUUUGGCGACCCAAGUGGUCGGGGGCUUUUUGAUUGUGCCACGCCAGUUAGACCUUCAGACCUUACCAACGCUAGCAGGUCGGCUCACCAUCGCGCAGGGUGCCGUCAACAACCAGCCCGACGACGAUGCGGUGACUGCCACCAGAGCGCUCGUGGAGUACAUCAAGGUCAUCCCUCCCACCGAGCAUGCCGUGGUGCUCAUUAGUGGAGGCGGGUCUGCGCUGCUGUGCGCGCCUCGCGUACCCUUGACUGAUUUUCAGCAAACCUCACAGCUCAUCCAGCGCGCUGGUGGUGACAUCAAGGUGUUGAACAAUAUCCGGCAACUCCUGAGUACGGUCAAGGGUGGCCAACUGUUGCAGUAUUUUGCGCAGGAACGUGUCCCGGCUCUGAUUAUGAGCGAUGUGGUGGGAGAUCCCAUCCACCUAAUUGCCUCUGGCCCCACUUGUCCUUCUAUCGCCGAUGCGCAAGCUGCCCGCACUUUUCUCGAGCAAACGGGUCUGUGGCCACAGCUGGCGCCCAGCGUCCGCGAAAGCCUAAAAGAAACAAUGGCCGUGGCGCCACGGGCACAGGCCCAACCCAUCAACCUUUUGGUAGGCAACAACUGCCUGGCGCGUGAUGCUGCCUUGGCUGCCGCGCAAGCGCUGGGGUGGGACAGCAGUAGCGUUGAUCAGGACGUGGAAGGCCCUGCGCCGGAGGUCGUCAAAGACAUGCUACACCACGUGACGGCCCUACCCGCUCCGCUCAAACGCCCGCAUUUAUAUGUCGUUGGCGGAGAAACAACGACUGUUGUGCUGGGCCAGGGCCGCGGCGGCCGUAACCAGGAAUGUGCGUUGCGGGCGGCGCUGGCUAUGGCGCAAAUGCCACAGGAAGUGGUGGCCAACUGGUAUUUUGCAGCCUUUGGCACAGAUGGGCAGGAUGGCCCAACGCCCGCGGCCGGGGCCGCGGUUCACGCGGCGACCGUCGCCUUGGCCCAAGCCGCCGGCUUGGCAGCGCAAGCAGCACUGGACACCAGUGACUCCUUUUCGUUUUUUGAACGAGCUGCGAUGCUUGCACCAGCCCCCACAGGCAGGCCCGUCUGCCGACACCUCUGUCCUGGUCUGACCGGGACCAAUGUCAUGGAUAUUUUGCUGCUUCUUCGGGUCCCGGUUGGUGGCUCUUAAUGCGGCUUGUGAUCAGCCAAGGAAGAGCGGAUGGAAAGGCGUGGCCGUGCUCGUUGCCAAGGGUUAGAGUGUAAAUUGAAACCUGAUAUAUG